GAGUUCAAUCGAACUAUUUAUUUUCUAUUGCAUUGAAUGAAUGUUGAGAAAUACUGGUGAAUUACUUUUAUUAUGACUUAUAUUAUUGCAUUAAAGAAGAAAAUUUAAUGGGAUUUAAUGUGCAUGAAAUAAUAUGAAAUAGUAUGUAAAAAAUAUUGGCAAUCAGUCAUUUAAACUGAGAGUUUUAUUAUUUUGUGUCAGGGAAUCAAUAAUACGAAGUUGUUGCAUUACAACUGCAUUACAAUUCACUCAAUUCUCAAUUUUUUGAAAUUUGAAAUUCUUUGUUUAAGUUGGAAGUUGAGGCACCUCUGUCACGAUUUUUUUUUAAUAAAAGUUUUCAAUAGAAAAUAUUUUAUAGAAAAAAAUCAGUCGACGUUGAUUUUCAAUAGAGCGGAAAAAACUUGGAAAGUUUAUGUUUUAAUAGAAUAAGUUUUGUAGAAAAGUCAAAUUAUCCUAAUUUUCUCUUCAAAAUUUUCAAUUCAAAUUGAAAGUCAAAUUGAACAGUUUCAAUUCAAUUGAUCGCGUAAAUUAUGCACGAGUUCAAUCGAACUAUUUAUUUUCUAUUGCAUUGAAUGAAUGUUGAGAAAUACUGGUGAAUUACUUUAUUAUCAUUUAUAUUAUUAUAUUAAUGAAGGAAAUUGAAUGCGAUUUAAUCUGUGGGGGAUGCACAUUUGACAGAUUGCAGUACAAGUAAUUCGCAAAAAUUAUUGGCAAUCAUUCAUCAGUUAGUUGAAACGAGAAUUCUAUUAUUCUGUCAGGAGAUCAAUAAUAAGAAGCUCAGCAUUGCAAUUGCACAAUAGUACUCACGAACAGCGGUAGUAUUCCCUAGCUGUUUAUUUACGCUCACUCUAUUCUUCAUGUCAAUUACAAGUUCAUGAGUGGAUUUAUCAUUCGGACUAAGCGGUUUUAUCAUUUCGGAGUUCAACAUUUUCAUUCACCUAUUACUAGCAAUCAAAGUCACUUGAAUAAAUCUGUUCCUUGUCUGUUCAUUCACGUUCGUUUGAUUGAUUAUCAAUUCGAAGCAAAUGUCGAGGAGGUGUUGUGUUGUGGUUCUUAUCAGUGAUUAAAGCAGAUGUUUCAUAAUUUCUCAGUUUUCAAUUGAAUGGGGAAAUGAUGCACGAGUAAUCGGGCCAUUUAUUUUUUACGGCAUUGAAUAAAUACUGAGAAAAAUUGUCGGUUUCCAUUCAUGGAAAUUAUUAGCAAUCGCUUGUCAUUCGCAACGACAAUUCUAUUUCGUAUUAGGGGAUCAAUAAUACAAAGACUGCAUUGCAAUUACUCAAUGCCGUGGUUAUAUCCAUACGUUACUCAGUCGUAAAGAUAAAGAAUUGUGAAACCUGUUGAAAAACCUAGUGAAACAUUUAAUGAGUCAUUAAACAAAAAAUUGGAGACAAAAGUGCUCAGUGAAUUGAAUAAUAUCCCUGCGGAUCAAGAUGACUAAUUACGGGUGGAAUAUGGAUGCUAUUGCCGAGCCGGAGUUCGUCAGACAGAAAGUCGAGAAAAAUUUAGGAGAGAAAGGAUCGGGAUUCAGACCUCAGGGGGCUGUUCAAGAUUUCAAUCAACUGCGUCAACAGUGUCUCCAAUCUGGCCAGCUGUUCGAGGAUCCAGAGUUCCCAGCGGACGACUCCUCCCUCUACUUCUCCAGACGUCCAGACAGAUACAUAGAAUGGAAGCGACCAAUGGAAAUUGCGGACAAUCCCCAAUUAUUCGUCGAGGGAUUCUCCAGGUUCGAUGUCCAGCAGGGAGAGCUGGGGGACUGCUGGCUACUCGCUGCUGUCGCCAAUCUCACCAUGUAUCCACAUUUGUUCUUUCAAGUUGUUCCGGAGGACCAGGGGUUCGAGGAGAAUUACGCUGGGAUCUUUCACUUCAGAUUCUGGCAGUACGGCAGAUGGGUGGACGUAGUGAUAGACGAUCGCCUACCAACAUACCACGGUAAACUGAUGUACCUCAGUUCAGCAGAGAACAGCGAAUUUUGGAGUGCCCUAUUGGAGAAAGCCUACGCCAAACUCCACGGUUCCUACGAAGCACUGAAAGGUGGUACAACAUGUGAAGCUAUGGAGGACUUCACAGGUGGAGUCACAGAGAUGUACCAGAUGGAGGAGACUCCCCCGAAUCUCUUCAGCAUUCUUCUGAAAGCCUACGAGAGGAACUCGAUGAUGGGCUGCUCGCUGGAGCCAGAUCCCAAUGUCCUCGAGGCUGAGACACCCCAGGGCCUCAUCAGGGGACAUGCCUACAGUAUUACCCGAGUCAAGUACGUGGACAUUCAGACCCCCAAUCAGUCCGGGAGAAUUCCACUGCUGAGGCUGAGGAACCCCUGGGGAAAUGAGGCCGAGUGGAACGGCCCCUGGAGCGAUGGAUCACCAGAGUGGAGAUUCAUCCCGGAUCAUGAGAAGGAGGAGCUGGGACUCACCUUCGAUGUGGACGGAGAAUUUUGGAUGUCCUUCCAGGAUUGGAAGAGGUUCUUCACUAAUUUGGAGAUCUGCAAUUUGAAUCCUGAUUCGCUUACUGAGGAUGAUCUUAACUCGGGGAAGAAGAGGUGGGAGAUGAGCGUUUUCGAGGGGGAGUGGGUGAGGGGAGUCACUGCUGGGGGGUGCAGGAAUUUCUUGGAAACAUUUUGGCACAAUCCCCAGUACAUCGUGACCCUAGAAUACCCUGACGAAGGCGAUGAUAAGUGUACAGUGAUUGUAGCGCUGAUGCAGAAGAACAGGAGAGCCCAGAAACGAAUGGGCGCUGAUUGUCUGACAAUUGGCUUUGCUAUUUAUCACCUCGACUACCCAGAGCGCCUGCCAAAACCUCUGGACUUGAAUUUCUUCAAGUAUAAUGCGUCCGUUGCCAGAUCACCUUCGUUUAUCAAUCUGAGGGAAGUCAGCUGUCGUUUCAAAUUGCCACCUGGCACGUAUUGCAUCGUUCCUAGUACUUAUGAUCCUAAUGAGGAAGGGGAAUUCUUGUUGAGGAUAUUCUCUGAGAAUAAAAAUAGCAUGGAGGAAAACGAUGAAUCUGUUGGCAUUGGAGAAGUCGAUGACAGGGUAAUUAAUCGUGGAGAUGAGGUUGGGGGUGGAGGAGACCACAGUGUCAGGGACCAGCCAGAGCCGGAUCGCAACGAGGAAAAAGUUCGUGACUUUUUCCGGAAACUCGCUGGGGACGACAUGGAGGUCGAUUGGAUGGAAUUGAAAGAGAUCCUGGACUACGCGAUGCGUAAAGAACUCCCACAAACUCGACAUAAUGAAGCACAACCAUCAAAUACUGAGCAAGAUGGCUCUAUGGUCGAUUUCAUCAUCUCCCUACUCUGCGGAAUUAUUUGUAAUAAUGAACAGUACGGUAAACCUGUAGAAAUGCAUAACGAGGGAUUCAGCAAGGACAUUUGUCGCAGCAUGGUGGCCAUGAUGGAUACUGAUCACUCUGGGAAACUCGGCUUCGAAGAGUUCAAGACGCUGUGGAAUGACAUAAGAAACUGGAGGGCUGUAUUCAGACUCUACGACACGGAUGGCUCUGGCUACCUCAGUGCCUUUGAGCUCCGCCAGGCCCUCAACAGUGCUGGAUAUCGACUGAACAAUCACAUUCUGAAUAUUCUUGUGCAUCGAUAUGGGACUAAAGACGGGCUUAUUCACUUUGACGACUACAUCAUGUGCGCAGUCCGACUGAAAACUAUGAUCGACAUCUUUCACGAACGUGAUCCCCAGCAUACUAACUCAGCUACGUUCACAUUGGAAGAGUGGAUGGAGAAAACAUUGUAUUCAUAA